AUGGUCGGCACCAUGUCUUUUCUCCUCUUUGGAGACCAGUCGCUCAACACGCAUGCCUUCUUGGCCGAGUUCUAUCGUCUAGGGGCCCCAGGUAUCCUUGCCAAGACCUUUCUCGAACAGGCCGGCCAGGCUUUGAGGGAGGAGAUUGAUGGUCUGGGGAAACUGGAUCGCGCCCAACUACCCAUCUUUCGCACUCUCCAACAGCUUAAUGAGAGAUAUCACGCUCAGUCUCGCAAGCACUCCGGUGUCGACAGCGCCUUACUUUGUGUCGCUCAACUAGCUCACUAUAUCGAUCGAGCUGAGAAGGAACCUCAAGAUGUAAUGGCCCAUGAGGACACCUACAUUCUCGGUCUUUGCACUGGUCUGUUCGCUGCUGCAGCCGUGGCAUCGACGGCUUCUGUGUCUACCCUGAUACCCGUUGCCGUGCAGACGGUCCUGAUGGCAUUCCGAACCGGCUCGCAUGUCGCUUCAUUGGCGGAGAGGCUGUGCCCUGCUACUAAUCGGUCUGAUCCUUGGACGCACGUCCUGGUCGAUGUCACCGAGGCCGAUGUCACCAAGGCCCUCCAAAGCUUCCACUCCUCCUAUUCCGUACCCCCUCCUAGCCAGGCCUAUAUUAGUGCUGUGUCUACCCACCGUCUAGCCAUCUCUGGUCCUCCAACAACUCUCAAGGCGUUGGUUGAAAGCAAUUUAUUGGGUGCACAGUCGACAUCGAUCCCUGUGUAUGGGCCGUAUCACUCUGCCCACCUACACUCUGGUGUCGACAUUGACAGACUGUUAAGGCUUGACGACGUGAACGUUACUCGUCUUCUUGAGCAGACCAGGCCACGCUCGGCGGUCAUGUCUGGAGCUCGAGGCACCUGGAUCGCCAGCCUCGACACGAAGGAUCUUAUUCGUACUGUCACUCGAGAGUGCUUGACAGAGCUACUACAAUUCCACAAGGGACUUGAGCUCUGUGUUGAGACAGCGCAAGCUUUUGACGGUAGUAGCUGUCUGGUCGUCCCCUUCGGCCCAACAACAAACGCCGAGAGUCUCUCCAGUCUCAUCAAGCAAAAGACAGAGCUCACCGUCAUCACUUGUCAACCACCAAAAGUCACAAACAACAGUGACGCUCGUAUUGGCAAUCAUGGACCCAGUGGGAAGUGCAAGCUAGCCAUUGUGGGCAUGGCUGGUCGCUUUCCUGAUGCUGCAAGCCACGAAAAGCUGUGGGAGCUUCUGUCGCAGGGCUUGGACGUCCACCGUGUCGUACCAGCUGACCGAUUCAACAUCGAUACACACUAUGAUAUCACAGGUAAAGCCAUCAACACUAGUCACACCCAGUAUGGCUGCUGGAUUGAGAACCCUGGGUUGUUUGACCCCAGGUUCUUCAACAUGUCGCCGCGCGAAGCUUACCAGACCGACCCUAUGCAACGCAUGGCCCUAACCACGGCCUAUGAAGCAUUGGAAAUGUCUGGGUAUGUCCCGAAUCGGACAGCCUCGACCAGGCUUGACCGGAUUGGUACAUUUUAUGGCCAGACCUCCGAUGAUUGGCGAGAAAUCAAUGCCGCACAGGAAGUCGACACAUACUUCAUCACCGGGGGAGUACGCGCCUUUGGCCCUGGCAGAAUCAACUACCACUUCGGUUUCAGUGGACCUAGUCUGAACAUCGAUACAGCCUGUUCUUCCAGUGCCGCAGCUCUGCAAAUCGCAUGCACCUCGCUCUGGGCUAAAGACUGCGACACGGCAGUCGUUGGCGGCUUGUCUUGCAUGACCAACCCCGAUAUUUUCUCAGGACUCAGCCGUGGCCAGUUCUUGUCCAAGACUGGUCCCUGUGCCACGUUUGACAAUGGGGCCGAUGGUUACUGCCGAGCUGAUGGCUGCGCCUCCGUCAUCGUGAAGCGUCUGGAUGAUGCCAUUGCUGAUAAGGACAAUGUCCUUGCGGUCAUCCUGGGCACGGCGACGAACCAUUCUGCCGAUGCCAUAUCGAUCACCCAUCCUCACGGACCUACGCAGUCGAUCCUAUCAUCAGCCAUUCUCGAUGAGGCUGGCGUCGAUCCUCUUGAUGUUGACUACGUCGAGAUGCACGGCACUGGUACUCAGGCCGGUGAUGGCACGGAGAUGGUCUCUGUCACAGACGUAUUCGCACCUGCCAACCGCAAGCGUCCUGCAGACAGACCUCUGUAUCUCGGCGCUGUGAAAUCCAACAUCGGCCACGGUGAGGCUGCUUCAGGUGUGACAGCUCUCUGCAAGGUUCUCAUGAUGUUGCAAAAAAAUGCCAUCCCUCCUCACGUCGGCAUAAAGAAGGAUAUCAACAAGACCUUUCCUAAGGAUCUUGCGGAGCGAAACGUCAACAUCGCUUUCCACAUGACACCCCUCAAAAGGUAUGAUGGGAAACCCAGGAGAAUCUUCAUCAACAACUUCAGCGCCGCCGGCGGUAAUACUGGUCUCCUCCUUGAGGAUGGUCCUAGCCAGACGCCCACACAAGCGGACCCUCGCAGUGCUCAAGUCAUUACUAUCACGGCCAAGUCCAAGACGGCCAUGAUUAAGAAUGCUGAACAAUUGCCAAAGGUGGCCUUCUUGUUCACAGGCCAAGGCUCUCAUUAUGCUGGUCUUGGUAAGGACCUCUACGCCCACUACGCUGUUUUCAGAGACAGCAUCGAUGAGUUCAAUCACAUUGCCGAAGUCCAUGGCUUCCCGUCUUUUGUACCAUUGAUUGAUGGCAGCGAACCUGACGUCUCCAACCUAUCACCCGUGGUUGUGCAGCUUGGCCUUUGCUGCUUCGAGAUGGCUCUGGCCAGAUUGUGGUCUGCAUGGGGCAUCAGGCCCGCUGUGGUUCUGGGGCACUCUCUCGGAGAAUAUGCUGCGCUGAACGUCGCCGGCGUGCUGUCCGCGAGCGACACCAUCUAUCUCGUCGGCAGUCGCGCUCGACUUCUCGUUGACAGAUGCACUGCUGGUACCCAUGCCAUGCUCGCUGUGCAGGGCCCGGUUGGAACUGUCAACGAGGCUCUCGGUUCCGAAUCCUCCUCAGUCAACAUCGCCUGCAUCAACGGGCCUCGUGAGACCGUUCUCAGCGGUGAAGUCGACCACAUGAUGAGGGUUGCCACGCAAUUGGGCGCGUCUGGAUUCAAGUGCACCCAGCUGAAGGUUCCCUAUGCUUUCCACUCGGCCCAAGUCGAGCCAAUUCUUGACGAAUUUGAGCAUCUUGCCCGUUCCACCCGCUUCAUGCCUGCUCAGGUGCCUGUUAUCUCACCUCUUCUUGGUAAACUCGUUGAGCAUGAGCUUAUUGACUGUUCGUAUCUUCGCAAACAUGCCCGCCAACCUGUGGACUUCCUCGGGGGCAUCAUCUCGGCACAACAAUCAGGAGCAAUCAAUGAGAAGACCGUCUGGCUGGAAAUCGGCCCUCAUCCUGUGUGUGCCAACAUGGUCAAGGCCGCUUUUGGAGUGGCCACCAUUGCGGUACCCACGCUCCGACGCAGCGAGCCAACCUAUAAGACCUUGAGCAACGGGUUGUGCACUUUGCACACCGCAGGCCUGAGCCUUGACUGGAAUGAGUACCACCGGGAUUUCAGCGAGUCCACUCGUCUACUCAAUCUGCCCAGUUAUUCCUUCGACGAGAAGAACUACUGGCUGCAGUAUAGUGGUGAUUGGUGUCUCACCAAGAACCGAGGCUCGGCUCCGGCUAAGGCGCCUGCUCUUCUGGAAGCGCCGAAGCCUAAGCUCUCGACAACUUCAGUGCAUGCCGUCACCAAGGAGGAAAUCAACGGCGACAUCGUCAUCAUCGAGACCGAGACCAAUCUUUCCCGCGAGGAUACAAGAAACAUUCUUGAGGGGCACUUGUGCAACGGGACCCCUCUCUGCCCUUCGACGCUGUACGCGGACAUGGCAAUGACCAUCUGUGACUACGCUUACAAGCUGGCACGACCCGAGGCUGUAAAUAUCGGACUCGAUGUUUCCGAUGUGGAAGUUCCCAAGACAUUGAUCUUUGAUGAUAAGGUCGAAUCUCACAUGCUGCGCUGUACAGCAAUUACCAAUGUUACUCUUGGCCACGCUGAUCUUGUCUUCCACACUGGUGAAGGCCCAAAGAGGACUGAGCACGCGAAAUGCCGGGUCAACUUUGGCAACACCGAACAGUGGGCUGACGAGUUCGAGCGUGUCAAAUAUCUCAUCAGCGGUCGCGUUGAUGCCCUUGUCGAGGCCGAGAAGGUUGGGAAGGCUUCAAAGAUCGGCAGAGGCCUGGCCUACAAGCUUUUCACUGCCCUUGUGGACUACAACCCUCGUUUCCAGGGAAUGGAAGAAGUUAUUCUCGACAGCAGAACAUGCGAAGCCACCGCCAAAGUCUCUUUCCAGACAAGCGAGAAAGAUGGAAAUUUUUUCUUCAGUCCGUACUGGAUUGAUAGCUGCUGCCACAUAUCUGGCUUCAUCAUCAAUGGUACAGAUGCGGUGGACUCGCGCGAACAAAUAUUCAUAUCCCACGGUUGGGGCUCCCUCAAGUUCAUUGAAAAGCUCGAUGCCUCCAAGACAUACCGCUCCUAUAUCCGCAUGCAGCCGGUCAAGGACACCAAGGUUAUGGCUGGCGAUGCUUAUGUUUUCGAUGGCGACCGCAUCGUAGGAGUCUGUGGCGACGUUAGAUUCCAGUCGAUCCCUCGCAAGGUCAUGAACAUGGUUUUGCCCCCCCGCGGGCGCGCGGCAGCCGGCAUGAUCACUGGUGCUGCGCCCAAGGGUGUCUCCAAGCCCACAAUCGUGUCACCACCCAAGGCGUCUGCCCCCAAGACAAAAGCCUCGAAGCCGCUGACUUCCUCCAAUAUUCACACCGUCAACGCAAAGCUUGCCAAGCCCAUGUCAGUUGUGGCUGAGGUCAUGGAUAUCAUUGCUAAGGAAGUCGGCGUGUCUCAUGAUGAGCUUGCCGAUAACAUUGCCUUCACAGACCUUGGGUGCGACUCACUCAUGGCGCUCACCGUGGCUGGACGUAUGCGAGAGGAGCUCGAUCUGGAUAUCGAUUCUCAUGCUUUCGUUGACCACGCAACGGUCGGCGCUUUCAAGAAGUUCCUGGCCCAGCUCAAAGUUCAAGAUGAUGCCAGUCCUGUCCAAAAGACUCACAGCCGCUCUGGGAGCUAUGGGGCCCAAGACUCUGGUGUCUCAUGCGUCUCGGACUCAGAAUCGGACCUGACAUCUUCUGAUUCAGUUGUCACAACACCCCCAAACGAGAGUGACGAAACAUCACUGAAGGAUGGUGAAAGUCACGACAGCCUGCAAUCCAUUGUACGGUCUACCAUUGCUGCAGAAAUGGGCGUUGAUGUUGACGAAAUUAUCGCGGCUCCGGACUUGGCUGCACUUGGUAUGGAUUCGCUGAUGAGUCUUUCCAUUUUGGGCACACUACGAGAGCAGUCAGGUUUGGAUAUUCCUGGCGACCUUUUCGUCCUUAACCCCUCCCUGUCCCAAGUUGAGAAGGCGCUUGGAUGUGGACCAAAGUCGAAGGUAGCACCAGUAGAACCAGUAGCACCCAAAGUGUCCAGCAUUGCUCGCCCAGCCUCGCCGCCGGUCGCCCCUACACGGGUCAUCAACACCCAUCCCGGCAACACCACAGCAAGCAUCACCAAGCCCCCACCACCCAAGGAGAUCGUUGAUCAUUACCCCCAUCGCAAGGCUUCAUCGACUCUUUUGCAAGGUAGUACGCGAACUGCUACAAAGAAGCUCUUCCUGAUUCCCGAUGGUGGCGGUUGCGCGACCUCUUACACCGAGAUUAGCCAAAUCUCUCCUGACUGGGCCGUUUGGGGGCUCUUUUCGCCCUUCAUGAAGACUCCCGAGGAGUUCAAUUGCGGCGUGUAUGGGAUGGCUGUCAAGUUUAUCGCGGAGAUGAAACGUCGCCAACCGCAGGGUCCCUACCAUAUUGGGGGUUGGUCGGCUGGUGGUGUCAUCUGUUUCGAGAUCGUCAACCAGCUCACGAAGGUCGGCGAGCGCGUCGAUAACUUGAUCCUUAUCGACUCUCCUUGCCCCGUCAUUAUCGAGCCGCUCCCUCGAUCUCUGCACGCCUGGCCAAAAUGA